AUGAGCUCCACCGCCCGUCAUCAUCGAAGCAGAGGCUCGGGCGCUGACGAGGCCACGGUGAAUGGUGUGGAUAUCUCGCAUGGGUAUACAAAUCAUGUUACUACAGCUACUCGGGCACUACGAGCACUCGGUAGCUCAGGUCAUGCCAUGGUCGAGCACAAUGAGCACGCCAAUGAAGCUGAGCAGAGUGCUAGUCUGCCAUCACCUGAAAGCGACUCACCGAUGCAUGAAGCCGAGCCUGAAUCCCCCAGUUUCAGGCCCGACUCUCCAACGGUGGAUGCCAUGGACACAGACACCAUCGAAGUUUCUCACUCGAGCCACGAUGUCAAUGGUGCAUCCACGAAUGGCACAGAUCCAGAUGGCUCGGAUGCACCGACGGCUCCUGGAUCUGCUGCGCCGAAACGAAAACGCAAUUUCAGCAAUCGGACAAAGACAGGUUGUAUGACGUGCCGUGAACGCAAAAAGAAGUGCGACGAGGAAAAGCCAGUCUGCCGCAAUUGUAGAAGGGGAGGAUUCCGGUGCAAGGGCUACAAGGACGAACUGCUAAAUCUAACAACAUGGGCCAGAAGAGCCCGAAGUCAAGGGUCCCAGCAGUCGGGUUAUGGAGAGCCUCCAGUAUCGGGCCCAGCACCAGUCCCAGCACCAGGCUCCGUAUCAGGCCCAGCAUCAGGCCCAGCAUCAGGCCCAGCACCAGGCCCAGCACCAGGCCCAGCAUCAGGCCCAGCAUCAGGCCCAGCAUCAGGCUCAGCAUCAGGCUCAGUACCAGGCUCAGCACCUGGUUCAGCAUCAGGUUUAGCACCAGGGCAACCCAUUCACAAUGGCCAUGCACCAGUUGAUCAACCAAAUUCCGAUGGCGCCCCAAUCGAUAACAAUGGUGGACGCAUGCUCCCGGCUCAAUCAAGCCAGGUGACAAAUGUCCUUCAACCACAGAUCAUGUCUGCUCCUCUGGCUAUACAUGCGGUAAAUGUCCCUCAACCGCAUAUUGUGACUGUUGCUCAGCCGCCUCAUGGGCAAGGAGUCACCCAUGUGCAUGCCGAAGCUGGAAGCCAACCGUACUAUGGUGGGCCGCCACCAUGGGUUCCGUCACCACACCCACCCUCUCGUCAUGGUGAACCGCUCCCACGACUUCCCGAACUCAGUCAGCCGGAGUAUCCUCCCCCAGUAUAUACACAAGCGCCACGAGAGGCGCCGCUGCCAGCCAGUCAGGGCAUGUACCCUGGCCCUUCGUCUGUGUCCCCUUUGCAGUAUCAACAAGGGCGACCCGAAAGCGUCACGCUGGCUCCAUCGGGGACGAUCCCACCACCACCACCACCACCACCACUUACGCCACAGCUCAAUGCUUCCCAGCUACAAGAUCGUCAAUUCCGGCAUUUUGAUCCGCACCGUGGUCCACGGACAGACGUGCGCACGUCGCGUCCUCAACGUCCAAGCGAGACGACGACGCACACACGGACGCCGUCCGACUCUCAACGAAUGCCGUCCGACUCUCAGCGAAUACCCCCCAGGACCUUUGGCAAGGAGGACGUUGAGCGGUCCAAGAUGACGCGGUCGUCGCCGUUCAAGCACUACGAUCAGACGCUCAAAAACGAGCGAGCUCGAUGCAAACGCGCGUUGGCGCGAUACAACACUGCAUGCGACAUCGAUGCAGGGCUAAAUGCAGAAGUGCUCCGAGAGCUGUUGAUGAUGGUGAUAGAUCCGAACAAAGACACAAGCUAUGGCAUCCCUUCGCCGAUCCCCAUCAGCGGGCAGCUCAAAGCCGAUGUCGUCGUCGAGGCCCCGUUUAAGUGCAGCUAUGGGUAUAAUCUCAAGAUCGACCAGGACGUCUUCAUCGGGGAGAACUGCAAGAUUGAUGACUCAGCCGAGGUGGACAUCGGGCCCAGAACGCACAUUGGGUGCGACGUCGUCAUUUUCACGACGACGGUGUUGACGGACUUGGUCGACCGCGUGGGCUGCAAGUCCGAGUCGAUUGCCCAUCCUGUUCGUAUUGGACCGAGUGUGACCAUUGGACGUGGAGCCGUGAUCCAUCCCGGUGUCACGCUGGGAUAUGCAUGUACCAUUGGGGCCUAUGCUGUAGUCACGGAGAGUGUCGAUGAGUUUGGGGAGGUGAAGGCCGGCGCUAUCCACAAUGGUCCGACGGUACAUGUGCCUGAGUAA